AUGUCAUCGGAAAACCAAAAUCUUGCUUACUUUCCUGAUCAGCCAAUUGGCACAAGAUUGAAGAAACCCACAGAAAAGGGAAAAGCUUAUCAAUUAGAGAUUUUGAGCCAAAAACGUCAAACUUGUUACCACAAGUUGUCAAGCCUUACACAAAGGGCAUAUGAAAUACUCGAUGCGGAAAACCAAAUAAGCACGCUUGAAACCUUAGAAGAUAUACGUGAUGUGCUUGAUAAGUCGAAGGAGGAACUUAAUCAUGCACAAAAUAAUUUGUAUGAAUUGCUUAAAAAUGAGUCGGAAAGGCGCGAAUCUUAUAAUUGGUUUGACCUUCAAGACCAAGAAUUUAUGGAAUGUAGACUAAGAUUAAUAGAGCGCAUUCAAUUGUUGGAGAAAGUUCAAAGUCAAAAUAGUAUAGCCAAAUCAGUGACAUCUGGCAAAUCUCGUCGCUCAGAAGC